AUGAGCUGUCGCUUUCAGAGUUCCUCCACCAGCUAUGGCGGGGGUUUCGGGGCCGGUUCUUGCCAGCUUGGAGGAGGCCGGAAAAUCUCUACCUGUUCUUCCCGGUUUGUUACCGGAGGGUCAGCUGGAGGCUACGGAGGUGGCAUGAGCUGUGGCUUUGGUGGAGGGGCUGGCAGUGGUUUUGGGGGUGGCUUUGGAGGUAGCUAUGGCGGAGGUUUUUGUGGGGGUUUUGGUGGUGGCUUUGGUGACUUUGGAGGUGGCGAUGGUGGCCUCAUCUCUGGCAAUGAGAAAAUCACCAUGCAGAAUCUCAACGACCGCUUAGCCAACUACCUGGAAAAGGUACGCGCUCUGGAGGCAGCCAAUGCUGAUCUGGAGGUGAAGAUUCGUGACUGGCACCUGAAGCAGAGCCCAGCUAGUCCAGAGCGGGACUACAGUGCCUACUACAAGACCAUAGAGGAGCUCCGGAAUAAGAUUCUGGAAGCCACCACAGACAACAACAGGGUCAUCCUGGAGAUCGACAACGCCAGGCUGGCUGCAGAUGACUUCAGACUCAAGUACGAAAAUGAGCUGACCUUGCGCCAGAGUGUGGAGGCCGACAUCAAUGGCCUGCGCAGGGUGCUGGAUGAGCUGACUCUGUCUAAGACUGACCUGGAGAUGCAGAUUGAGAGCCUGAAUGAGGAGCUGGCCUACCUGAAGAAGAACCAUGAGGAGGAGAUGAAGGAGUUCAGCAACCAGGUAGUAGGCCAGGUCAACGUGGAGAUGGAUGCCACCCCUGGCAUUGAUCUGACCCGCGUGCUGGCUGAGAUGAGGGAGCAGUACGAAGCCCUGGCUGAGAAGAAUCGGAGGGAUGCUGAGGAAUGGUUCCAGAGGCAGAGUGCAGAGUUGAGUAAGGAAGUGUCCUCCAGUGCUGCCAUGAUCCAGACCAGCAAGACAGAGAUCACAGAGCUCAGGCGCACACUCCAGGGCCUGGAGAUCGAGCUGCAGUCCCAGCUGAGCAUGAAAGCUGGCUUGGAAAGCACCUUGGCUGAGACAGAGUGCCGCUACGCCCUGCAACUGCAGCAGAUCCAGGGGCUCAUCAGCAGCAUCGAGACCCAGCUGAGUGACCUCCGCAGUGAGAUGGAGUGUCAGAACCAGGAAUACAAGAUGCUGCUGGACAUCAAAACAAGGCUGGAGCAGGAGAUUGCCACCUACCGCAGCCUGCUCGAGGGCCAGGAUGCCAAGAUGACCGGUUUCAGCAACGCUGGAGGAAAUGUCACUGCUUCUUCCUCCAACGCCUCUGUCUCCCCCUCCACUUCCGGUCGCCUGGAUUUCCGCAAGUAUUAA